AUGUACGUGAAUAAGUAUCUGUACCUGCCUAGCUACCUGUUUUGCUAUAGUCCCCACGCCUUGCAUGGCAAUCAGGAGUUAUUUCCCUGUGAAGUCUGUGGAAGACGCUUUGCAGCAGAUGUUCUGGAAAGACAUGGACCAAUAUGUAGAAAACUCUUCAACAAAAAGCGUAAACCUUUCAAUUCCUUGAAGCAAAGAUUACAGGGCACUGACAUUCUCACAGUGAGGAAGACUCCUCAGUCCAAGCCUCAGCCUGUAAGGAAAUCUAACUGGAGACAGCAGCAUGAAGACUUCAUUAAUGCAAUUCGAUCAGCAAAGCAGUGCACCCUUGCCAUUAAAGAAGGCCGGCCUCUCCCACCUCCACCCCCUCCAGCCAUCAACCCAGAUUAUAUUCAGUGUCCAUAUUGUAUGAGGAGGUUUAAUGAAACUGCAGCCACAAGACAUAUAAAUUUCUGCAAGGAUCAGUCUUCUCGAAGAGUCUUUGAUCCAGCCCAGACAGCAGCUAAAUUGGCAUCCAGAGCUCAGGGCAGGGCUCAGGUGAGUCCCAAAAAAGAACCAACUGUUACCAGUGCUGUGGGAGCUUUGCUACAGAACAGGGCUCUGGACACCCCAAAUGGGGUCCCCGCCAGGUCAGGAUUCGCUAUGGACCCUACUUCUGGAGCAAAACUCAGACAAGGACUUAGUAAAUCUCCUAAAAAAGAUUAACUCCUAGAGAUCAGACUGGCUCCAUGAAGCUCAUCAGCCUGGAUGGCCUUGUACCCAGGAAUGCCACCCAACAGGAAGGACAGACAAUGCCCAAGUUCUAGAGGCAUCACUUAGGAUAAGUAACACUAGCUUCAACUUUCC